GGCAGCUCCAGACAUCAGAGAAGAACGCAGUCGAGGUAUUGCAUGCAUCCGAAGGGCUGCUGACGCUCUCUGAUUGGAGCUUUUCUACGACAGUGAUUAUCACGUGCAUUUGCACAGCGACAAAAAAAGCAGAAGGAAAGGCAAAAAAGAAAAGAGAGAAAGAAGAGGGUGAGAGCUAAUCCCAGCAUGUCCGCGGCUCCGCAAGACGUCACGGGCAGCGGCGCGGUGGAUGCGCCUGAGUCCCGCACGCGCGAUCCGAUCCAAGAGCAGGUUUCUUCGGAUGUAAGGACGGAAAAUACAGAAGAGAAGGAAGCGGAGGAGGUACAAGCACCACAGCCGGGGAAGGACCGAGGCGCGUCCGAGGCGCGGCAAGAGGAGGAGAAGGAGGAGGAGGAGGAGGAGGAGGAGGAAGACGACGGGCCCGACAGCAACAAGGAAGAGAUGGAAGAAGGGGAGACGGAGGCAGAUUCAGACGCAGAAUCGCGAUCUGAACAGGACGAUGCAAAGAAAGAAGAAGAAGAAGACCAACCAGACACAUCAGCUUCGGCGCCACCAUUACCAGACGAAGUGCCCCCUCCGCUCCCCAACGAAGUACCACCCAGCGAGGACGACGGAUGGGAGCCCGUCUGGGAUGCCAACGCCCAAGCCUACUACUUCUACAACCGCCUCACCGGGGUCUCGCAGUGGGAGAACCCGCGGGUACCGGAUGCCUCCCCCGCCGCUGCCGCCGCGGAAAAGCCCGCGCCCGUCGCGGCCGGCUACAAUCCCGCCAUCCACGGCGACUACGAUCCCACGGCGCCGUACGCUCAGCAAUACGAGCGACAGGAGGAUGCGGCGGCGGCCGCCGCGAUGGACCCGAACCAGGCGUACGAGGCGGUGGGCGCCUUCAACCGGUUCACGGGCCGGUGGCAGGAGGCCUCGCAGAACCCGGAGUACCACAAUGAUGAGAACAAGUCCCGGCGGCAGAUGUAUGCGUUCUUCGACGUGGACGCGGCGGCCAACAGCCAUGAUGGCCGCAGUCUGCGGGCGGAACGGAGCGCCAAGAAGCUUACCAAGGCGGAGUUGAAGGCGUUCAAAGAGAAGCGACGGGAGAAGAAGGAGGAGAAGCGCCGUGCGUGGUUGAGGGAUUGAUUGGUUUCUUUCCCCUCCCAUCUUCCAGCGCAAUCAUACCCUUAUUCUUAUCUUGUCUUGUUGUUGUGUGCUGAGAUACCUUCCCUCUGGGAUUUCCCCCAUUCUGAUAUGUGCAUGUUUUAUGGUGGCUAGCUAGGGCGUUUUUAUGUAGUUUACAAGAUGCAUCAUAGAGCC